AUGGCGUCUGCAACAUCAGUUCCCGCAUUCUACCGGUUCUUCUUCAAGAAUCUCGACCCUCUCGUGGCCAUUUAUGGGGUCUAUCUCAAUUUCUUCGCCCAGGAGAUGGCUGUGACCGGGCCCGCACCCAACUCUCACUACGAUCCGAACCAAGUCUUUCUCUUCUAUCAAUGCGGCGGAUUGGCGCUUGCCAUUACCUUCAUUACAGCCGCGGUCCACCGAGCUACAGAGGACCUCAAGGUCUGGAGAGCCGUCCAAUUUGCCAUCUUACUGGCUGAUCUGGCUGCUCUUGUGGGCAUCUAUCUUUCUCUGUCCACCCAAAACAGGCUCGCUCCCAGUGCCUGGACCGACGACGACAAAGGACUUCUGGGAAGCUACGUUUCUUUGACCUUGAUUCGACUCGCAUUUAUCCUCAAUGUUGGAUUCCCUCAAGGGAGCAUUUUGGGAGAGAAGCAAAAGGUGUAA